UAUCUCGACCCUCAGACAUUAUUGCCGCAAGGGCAAUUGACCAAAGAGGUGGCUUCCAUAUCUUCUCCCGUCGUCCCACCCUCCCCGAAGCCCUCGACUUCCCACACCCCACUCAGCAGUGAUGCCGGCCAGACUGCUCCAUCAGCACUCCACCCUCGGGUGGCUGUCAUCUUGGGUGUCGACCGCAGAUGGUACAUUCCUCUACUUGUCUGUCGCGCGCUAAGCACGCUGCCUGCUGCUUGGUGGGGUUUGCGAUGUGCUUUCACCUUUUUGGCUGAGCUGUUGCACAUUCGACCGGGGAUGGGACGGGAAGGGUGGGCGGCGGCGAUUGUCGGUAGUGUUGGCCAGGAAUGGGAUGUCGAGAGGAGGUUCCGUGUGACGGAGGUGGCCUUGGCUAUUAUGUGGAAUGACCAGUGCUGCGCAUCCGCAUAUCUGUCAUACUUCUUCGCCGACUGCAUGAUGUCUCGAUGGCUUCUAAACUACACCCCGCCAGCAGUUGUAAUCCGCCUCUUGACAACAAACGGCUUGAUAGCAUAUACAACAUCCUGGGUCCUCUAUUUAUCCGGCGCAUCCUCAGACCCCCGAUUACUCUUACCAGCCUGGAUAUCCAUCACAACCUCCCUCACAUUCGUCUACCACGCAACCCAAAACCACGCCACAAUAAAGCGCGAAACAGCAGCGUCCCUCCUCGUCGUCUCAGUAGCAAGUUUCCUAAGCAUGUCCUCCCUCCUCAUGCAACUCCAUCUAACGCGCGAAAACGAACCCGAGGUCCCUGUCUUCGUCAUCACGCGCAAACUCUGGGACUGGGCCGUUGCAAUCUUCCUACGCAUGCGCAUCGCAGACGAGAGAGUCAUGGUCGGGGAGUUGUAG